CUACCGCGGCGUGCUGGACGGCUGGCAGGCGUGGGGCGCGCGCUGCGCGCUGGACACGUGGGCGCGCGCCGGCGAGGGCGUGCGGCGCGUGGGGCUGCACUGCUCCUACUGCGGCAAGUCCGUGGCGGCGCCGCCCGGCGCGCUGCGGCCGCGGCCCGCCUUCGCGCGCCUGCCGCCGCCCGCCGCCAAGAUGAAGCAAAUCUCGUCGUGUCCGAACUGCCGCAAGCCGCUGCCGCGCUGCGGCGUGUGCCAGCUGCACCUGGGCACGGGCGCCAGCGGAGCGGGCGGCGGGGGCGCGGGGGGCGCUGCGUUCCCCGCCUGGUUCAGCUGGUGCGUUGCUUGCAGGCACGGCGGUCACGCGCACCACCUCAUCGAGUGGUUCAAGGAGCAUACAGAGUGCCCGGUAAGUUCAUGCAACUGCCGCUGCAGCACUUUGGAUGCGCCUGACAGAUUAUAACCGACAAUACUUCAUGAGUACAAGAUUUCGUAACUAUAAAAUGAACUCUUAUGUCAAGUCAAUUAUUGUUUAUUUUAAAUUGUUCCUUGACACUACGCUGUCAUUGUAAAUUAUACCUAAAUAAAUUUAAAUGAUUACAACAAAUAUUUCGUCACAGUAAGGAAGUUCGCCCCAACCCUUAGCCGAUAUCCAAAUAUUGCCGCUCCGAUGUAGAAAACAACGAGUUCGGGCCGUGAAUACACUGGCAGUAGUUGCUAGCAACCACGCAAAAUGUUAAAAUGAUAUCGGUUUUAUUUGACAUACAAAAUAGUCUUAAAAAAUAUGAUUCAACGUCUGAGCCCUCGUUACUAUUCUGCCAUAGUCCGUAAUGAAAAAGAACGCUACAAAUAAAAAUUAAUAUAUUCGUAAGAAAUCAAACAAUGUUUUCGCAUCUAAACCUACGCGGUUUAGAUUGAAAAAAUUGUUUAAUUUCCUAUUUGUUUUUUCAAACAAACCACCGUUUCGGGCCCUUUACAGGUCCCAUGGUCGCGGCUGACUGAAGUGGUAGAGUCAUCAACCAGUUAUGUCUAAUAUUAUUGCAAACCACCCUAUUUUUCACUACAGUUACAAAAGUUAUCAAUUAAAUACCUUGUAUUAAAUUUUCCAAAGAAUAUCCCAGUUUAUGCUACAUAUAUGUUUUACAAAUUAUAAUUUCAAUAUGAAUUUUUAUUAAAUUAAAUUUUUUCUCUCAAACAAUACAAUUAUAAUAAAAAUUGCCGCGCCUCACUUAAAAAUUCAAAAUGUAUCUUAUUACUGUAAAAUUCAAAUGGUCAUAGCCGAGGUGAAAAUGUAAAAAUUAAUAAUAAUAAUAAGUGAAAAUUAAGCACUUUUAUAAAUGUGUUUGGCAAAUUGAACAUUACCCCUAGAGAUCAUAAGAAGAAGCCAUACUUUGAAUAAAAUAUUGCACAUGGUUGAGGUACCAAUAUCGAAUGUGUUGAUUUUUACAUCUGACUGGCAAUAUUCAGAUGGCGGACUAAUGAAAGAAUGCUCUCAAUAUAACAAGGUUUUAAUUAAAAAUUUUAUAUGACAAUGUAUGGAAUUAAAUUUUUAAACUUUCUUUAGAGAUUAUGUGACAGCAAUUAUUCACGUUGAAACGCGUCAUGCGAC